CAAGUCACUGCUUGUUGGACUAUCACUGCUGGAUUCAUUCUGAAUUGAUUGUGGAUAUCCAUAACUGAUGGGACCAUGGAGAGUAUUACAAAACUAUUUGGUGACUUGUGUGAGGCUCACAUAGUAUCUGUGUCAACAAAGGUCCAUUUGAACAAAAGAAAGAGUAGCAAAAAAAUUUCAAGGAAAAGUCUCAAAAAGAUUGCAUAUAAUACUUUGUUUGCUAAUCUUUUUCUGGAUGAAACCCGCAAAGUUCCUCAAUCAAGUUUUUCUAGACUCCCUGUGAAAAACAAAAUGUUAAUGCUGUCUUUCAAUUUGAGAGUUGCUGGACUGAGCUUAGAAGCAGACAGGCUGGAGCAACUGGUAGAGGAAUUGGAAAAGUCAACUUGCUUACCAUUUACUGAAAUUACUUCCAUUUUGGAUUUUCUGAUUCAGCUUGCAGGAACUGGGCCUCCUCAUUGUUCACCCCUCAAAAAGGAUUAUUUCUUGAAUAACAAAUACGUAGGAAGAAACACUAAAUAUCAAGGCUAUGAUUAUUACGAUGUUAGCAUAUUUGAAGCAGACGUGCAGGCUUUUAUUGCAAAUGAAGAACUUCAAUGUAAUGAUACAAUUCAAAAGACCUUGCAAAUUAUGGAGGCAGCACCUGGUACAGGUCUUCCCAUGGUAGAACUGUUUUCACAGAAUUGUUCAAUGGGGGACAGGUAUGAGAGAGAAACUAGGGUCUCGCUCUUUGGUGCUCUCAUUCACAGUCGUACAUGUGAUAUGGACAUCAAGUUGGAUUUGCCACCAGUGCCUGACAAUGCAGAUCUGUCUGGGCUUGCAAUCAAGGUUCCCCAAAGUAUUGAUCCUUCUGAAGAUGAAGGAUUCCAGUCAGCAUCCAAUCUCACUCCAGAUUCUCAGUCAGAACCCAGUGUGACACCAGAUCUUGAUCUCUGGGAAGCAGCACUUACUUAUGGACCGAGUAAACGGAGGUGCUGGGAAAGAAUUGGAUUUCCACCUGGGAAAAAAGAGGAGCCAUAUCUUUCAGAAGCUGGAAGAGAAGCCUUUGACAAAUUUUGCAGACUUCGAGAACAAGAACUGCAACUUUUCAGCAGUACUAAAUUUCAGUUUCCACAGCGUGUAUUAGUAAAAGAACCAGAAAUUGUUAAAGAUGUGUUGAAUGUUCUUAUUGGGGUUGUAUCUACUUCUUUCUCAUUUAAUCAGGCUGUUCAGAUAUUUGUAGUGAAACAAGGCAUUUAUGUAUCUGGAACUUCGCCUGAAAGUAUGAACUGCCUACUGUCAGAAGUGGCUGAAUAUGGAACUUAUUACACACGGCUGAGCCGUUUUUCUGUUCAACCAGUUCUGGACUCAUCAUAUAAAAAGGGGCUUGUAUUUCAGGCUUUCACAAGUGGACUGAGGAAAUACUUACACUACUAUCGAGCGUGUGUUUUGUCCACUCCCCUGACUUUAACUCUUCUAACAAUCAGCUUUCUCUUCCGAAAACUAGGACGACAGUUAAGGUAUUUGGCUGAGCUCUGUGGCAUAGGAACAACUGCUGUGGGAGCUGGUGGAGGCACCAGUGCUUCCUUUCCAACUGGAGUUGAACUUCUUUCAUAUCUCUACCAAGAGACUCUUAAUAACUGCAGCAGUGAGCAUUAUCCAGUUCUCCUGUCCCUACUGAAAACAAGCUGUGAACCAUACACGAGGUUUAUCCACGACUGGGUGUAUAGUGGUGUAUUCAGAGAUGUCUAUGGUGAAUUCAUGAUUCAGGUGAAUGAAGAUUAUCUUGGCUUCAGAGACAAGCAUUACUGGACCCAUGGAUAUGUUUUGAUUUCUAAAGAAGUAGAAGAUUGUGUUCCUGUAUUCUUGAAACAUAUUGCUAAUGAUGUAUACAUUUGUGGGAAAACUAUAAACUUACUGAAGCUGUGUUGUCCCAGGCACUACAUAUGCUGGUCUGAUAUCCCUGUUCCUCGGAUUUCUGUAACUUUCUCCCUUGAUGAGUUAAAAGAGAUUGAGAAAGAUUGUGCAGUCUAUGUUGGUCGAAUGGAAAGAAUUGCUCGCUAUAGUACCAUCAGCAAGGAAGAAAAGGUUUUGCGCAUGGAAAUUGAGAAACAGAGGUUAAUUGCUCAUGCUCAAGAAGCAGCUAGCAAAGCUCUCAAAGCCAUUACUGAUCAACAGAUAUCAGAAAAAAUGGCACUGGAUGUAAAAAAACGUGAACAAUUCCAAAAGUUGAAAGAACAAUUUGUAAAAGAUGAAGAGCGUCGACGUACUCUGAAACAAGAAGAAAUUGACGAUGAUUUUAGUUAUGCUCGGGAACUCAGAGAGAGGGAGAAGAGACUUAAAGCUUUAGAAGAAGAUUUAGAGAAAAGGGCAAGACAAGAGUUAAUUGACCAUUAUACUAAGCUGUCUGAAGAUGCAGCUCGUAGAGAAAAAAAAGCUUUAUGGAAAAUUCAGAGGCAUAAACUGGAAGCAGCCCGUCUCGAUUUUCUGUUAAAAGAUCAAAAAAAUAUUGAGGACAUGCUUGAAAAACUUCCUGGUGGGAAGUACAGGAAAAAAGUAAAUAUAAUUCCAGAAGAUCAAAGUCAACAGGUUAUGCUGGCUGUAGGCCAAAGGAGAGAUGCUCAUCUUCAGCCUGACCAUCAGAAGAUUAUGGACAUGGAGAGAGAUACAAAAUCUGAACUGACAAAUUACAUUUCAAAGGACCAGUCAUCGGAAUUAACACAGCCCCUAAAUGUGCAGCCUACAGACUCAAUGGAGUCUGUUGUCUCCAUAAGGAGCAGUCAACCAACAGAAAGAAAGGGAAAAUUGAGAAAAAAUGAACAUUACAUAAAUAUAUCAGUUGAAAAAAACAUUUUAAUGUCAACAUUUCUUUUUCAUCAGGUAGAAGAACCUGAAAAAUCAACCUCAUUGAGUGUUGUGACUCAGCAAACUACUGUCUCUGAGGUCAUUGUGUCUGAAAAUCAGGAAGGAGGAAGCACCAGUGUUGCUAUAUGGAAGAAAGAAGAAGCAGAUUACCUGCAAGCCUUAUCUAAUCAAUAUUGCCUGGAAAAAUAUCAGGAUCAAUAUGAAUUUAUGUCUGAGCUUCCGGUUUCCCAUCUCUUACAUCACAUGAUCCCCAGAUCCUACACUUUCCCUGUGGACCCCACAAUACAAUCAGCAACAGAUGAAACAGCUGUACAACUAAGUGAGCUCUUAUCACUUCCAGUGCUGAUGAAACGGUCCAUCACUACCCCCUUAGUUUCUCAUGUUUCCCUUGUGAACAAAGCCAUUGUGGAUUAUUAUUUUGUGGAAUUGAAUGUUGAGAAACAUUUUGAAGCAUUGAGGCACUUUUUGUUAAUGGAAGAUGGAGAGUUUGCUCAAUCACUCAGCGAUUUGCUUUUUGAAAAGCUGGGAACAGGACAGACACCUGGUGAACUUCUGAAUCCACUAGUCCUCAAUUCCAUCUUGAAUAAGGCACUUCAGUACAGUCUUCAUGGAGACAGUCAUUUGGCUUCUAAUCUCUCUUUUGCACUGAAAUACCUUCCGGACAUGUUCAAACCCAAUGCUCCUGAUGCCCUAACCUGCUUGGACCUACGAUACAAGGUUGACUGGCCCUUAAAUAUUGUAAUUACUGAAAACUGUAUGAAUAAAUAUAACAAGAUAUUCUCCUUCCUGCUACAGUUGAAACAUAUGGUAUGGACUCUUAAAGAUGUCUGGUUCCACUUAAAGCGAACUGCAUUAGUAAAACAUGCAUCGAACUCAGUCCAGUUUCGACAACUGCAGCUUUAUAAGCACGAAAUGCAGCAUUUUGUUAAAGUUAUUCAAGGUUAUAUUGCCAAUCAGAUUUUGCAUGUCAGUUGGUGUGAAUUUGGGAAUAAAUUGUCUUCUGUGGGGAAUUUGGAAGAAAUUUACAGAACACAUGCAGAAUAUCUCAACAAAGCAAUCUUCCGGGGAUUAUUGACCGAAAAGGCAGCCCCUGUGAUGAAUAUAAUUCACAGCAUUUUUAGCCUCAUUUUAAAGUUCCGUAGCCAGUUAAUCUCUCAGUCGUGGAAUUUUGAUAGCAGCAAACAUGUGGCUGUUCACCCUAAUUUUGGAUUAAUGCAGCAGUCCUAUAACACAUUCAAAUAUUACUCUCAUUUUCUGUUCAACGUAGUAACAAAGCUUAUCAACAGAGGAUACCAGCCUCACCUGGAAGAUUUCUUACUAAGAAUUAACUUCAACAACUAUUACAAAGAUAAUUGAGCUUUUAAAAUAGACUAACUGCUCCGGGUAUUACAAGGAACCCAGGCCAUUGGAAAGCUGCUGACCUCGGAAACUUUUCCACUUAAAACAGUGACAGAGUAGAAUGGCUCUACUGACACAGCAGGAUGCUCCAUUUUCCUCCCAUAGCAUGGCACCGGUUCAUACUGUCUUCUCAUGGAAGCAUGUUUCCCAUGUUGGUGUGAUAUAUCAAAGCGUGCAUAGAUGUAAAUUUGUCAAUGUGUAAAUUCUUCCUUUAGCAUUGUAAACGCUUCUCAUGUAAAUGUGUAAUAAAGAGCAAGGCAUAAAUUUAUUAUUUUGUAAUCAAUAUGCAGAUGUUGAGAGUAAAAAAAACAAACCUUCCUGACAAUUACCUCUUUGUGGAUAAAUUUAAUAUGUAUACAGUCCAGAAUCUGUUUGUUUAAUUAUGCUAUAAUGGCCUAUGAUUAUAGGUGCUGUGAAGAUUUUUUAAUAGAUCUAAUUAAUCAUUUCCCAAUUUAGCUCCUACACUCCUCACAUUUUCCUCAGUGUUCUUAUUGUAUCCUUUGUUAUUUUUUUUUAAUUUAGCAUCAAGGCACACCAGAAUACAUCCAGGGUCAUUGGGAUUUGGGCAAGCAUAUAAAUUUUACUAUUUGUUGUUUUGCAAUGGGAGGGAGGAAGGAACUGUGCGGGAUAGAAGAGAGGUGGUAGAGUAGUGCUGGAUGCAAAAGUGUGUAUAUUGCUUUAGUCCUUGACAAUUUGACUGGCAUAUACCAAAACUUUUAAGUUUACCUUAUUCCAUGGCGCUUUGUACGCUCAAGUAUGUAGGUUCUGUGUUACAUUCAGAUUCUUUGCAAGCUUACUUUGUGCUCUUACAGGACAAUUUUUGAAUGUGUUAAUGGGGACCAAGAAGGUAGAAAUACUUGUUUAAGCAGUGUAAGGGUUCUUUACUUUCCAAAGGCAACUUCCGCCUUUUUCCAAAAAUUCUCGCACUAGUUGGGAUGUUGUCUUAUUUCACUGUAGUUGCUCCUUUUCUAGUUGCUUCCAAGCUCAGGCAAAGCUCUAAGAUCCAGGCAGGAUUCUCACCAGGAUAUGCUGCUCACCCGAGUUUAUGGUCAUGGCAGUUGACUGAAAGUCCUCUUAUCUGCUUAUAAUAGCUACCAAUCUCUAGACAUAGCCUCUGGUUCCCUAGUUUGCUUAUCACCUUUCCUAUACCCCAACCUAUACCUCGGUGUUAGCAUUUGCUUUGUAAGCUAAGGGCUUAGGUGAGGCGAAGCUGCUUCUGGACUACUACACAUCCUUGAAAAAAUCUAGGUGCAACUCAUCACAGUUGCAUCACCAUCUUGGAUGCUUAUGAAUAAAUGUAUGAAUGUAUAAGGGAAGUGGAGCUGGGGUGUAUUUCUGCCUAAAUGCAUUUCUGCCUAAAUGCGCCUGCUUUUCCAAAAUGUGGACAACAAUCCCACCUUUACUCCCUCGCAAGCAUGUCUUUAAGUCAAAGAUAGUUCAGUUACUAGGAUAACACUAAAAACAAAAAUCUCCCAAGCCCUGUUUUGUAACAAUGUGCUAUCUGUAGCAACACAAGUUUGACUUUUAUGAAUGUGCAUAAUUAAUGCAACAUCAAAACAAAAAUAAAUAGGGAACUGAAUCUCUGUUCCCUGAUUGCUAAAACAUAAUGCAAACGUUUUUUAGAGUUGGAGAUUUGGAAUUAGGAUAUAAUAACUAAGAUAAAAUGUAUCUUUUUUAUCCAUGUGACUACUGGAUCAUUACUGUUUAUUUUGGUACUAAAUUAACUGCCCAAAAUAAGCCAAACCAAUGCAACAAAUUAAUGUUCGCCAUCUCUUUAAUAUAUUGGACUACACUAAAUCUAGUUCUUGUUUUCGGUGGACAUGAUGACUGGAAUAGUAACACCUAAUAAAUUAUGCAUAUACAAUUGUAAUGAAGUGUUCUAUUCUAAAUCUGUGAUAACAGAAAAUCCAAUUCUACAUUUCUCAAAAACGUACAUUUUUACAAUCAUAAUUUAUAAACUUUGGAGCUCAGAGUAAUAGAGUGAAAUGCAUUGUGCAAGAUCUAAUAGAAAUCUGAUAGAUGGUAAGUAGCACCUCAGCUCUUCCAAGAUUGUCACAUUUAUGGUUGGUAUUUUCAUGAACAAAUUAUAUUAGGUA